GAGCGUAGCAAAUGAUGAAAUGAUUGGUCUAUGGCAACAUGUAAGUGGCUCUUAGGACAAAGAAACUUUACUCGUGUCGGCAGCGUGGGCCUACCAGCCACAGUCAAACCUAUUCGUUUUGAAAUGGGUCGAGUGGCGAGACAGUCCUAUAUAAUGAGGUGUCUUAUUCGUGUUGUCGCGUAACAGAAUCUCUCUCUCCACUCCUCUUGUCGCGAGACCGCUCCCUAUUUUUUUGUUUGCUUUCUCUUAGUAGGGCCGUUCAACGAUGUCGUCAAUAGGCCGGCUACCCACACAUAUUACUACGAGUGGCUAUUCAUCGAGCAGUUCUCUUGGCAUUGUCAGAUCCGCGAAAUCAUGGAAGAUCAAAGAUGCGAUUGUAUACAGCUCUCAUGCCGUGGCUAAUGACAACGGUCGUUUCAACUGCCCUUAUUGCCUAGAAUGGUUCUAUUCCAGGGAUGAGCUCAAAGACCAUGUGAUGCGUCACCCUAAGAGGUAUGAAUGUAACUUUUGUUUUAUGACAUUGAAGGAUAGGACUGCGUUGGUGAGGCAUGAGACCCAGCGUCAUCUGGGGUUUGGGUCGAAUCUUCCUCCACCUCCAGCUCCUGUUUGCAAUGGCUCGGGGAAUCAAUUGCCUGUGAUGCCCUGGAAGUCGACUAAGUCUAAUGGCCAGGUGUGAUUCGCGCUCGUGCUCGUUUCUCAUGGGGAUAUUUUCCGUCGCCAUCUGUAUGUUAUAUG